UCUUCAGUUUUUUAAAAAAUGUGACCAUAAAUUGACGGGAGUCUACAUUGAAUUAAAUUUUACCCUAGUCCACGCGAAAUAAAAUAUUUAUUCCAAAAUGCACGUGUUCACAAAACCGCCAUAUGUUCAAAAAAGUCCAAGAAAAAGAAUGUAAGAAUUUGUAAGAAAACGAAAUAUUGUAUGUAUAGCAACGGCCUAAUAGCACGGUUUAAAGCUUAAGGAGCUUAAUAAAGUUUUAUAUCUCAACCUUUAAAAUGUGCUAAUAGUUUGUAACUAAAUUCAGUUUUGUUUAUCUGAAAUUAAAAUACAGUAAUUGGAAUUGCAUCGACUAAGUAUUUUGAAAAUAUAAAAACCUAUUAGCGCUUAAAAAUAUUUCUAUUUUUACAGUAUACAGAAAAUUACUGAAACUGCUUGAUCAUAGCUAAAAGAUUUCUAUCUAAACUAAAUUGUCGUGUAGAUCGACACUUUAAUUUUGUGUAAAGUAUUUCUUGUUUAAAAAAAAUUAUAAAUUAUUAUAAAUAAACAAAUUUGAAUUAGUAUUCACGUAAUCACAUCUAUCUACUGUAUUAUCUAAGAUACAACAACCUUGUUCAACAGAUAUGCUUAAUCUUAUAAAUAAAUUCGGAAAUGCUGGCGGCAAUUUUUUUAGAAUGUAUCAGAUCUACAAAUCAGUCAAACACAACAAAUCGGUGACGGCGGAUGUGUUGGUAGUUUCGAUAUUUACGUUCUUGUUCUCUAAAAAUGGGUUGUUCGACUUCAAAAUUAACUAUAAAUAGUAGUACAGGCAAUAAGGAUUCUUCAGAAGAAUAUGUAGAGGGUGUAGUAUGCAAUCUUAAUGAUUUACAAGAAAAUGAAUUAAAGGCGGUGGAUUUAAAUGAUAGAAAAGUAUUGUUGGUUAAACAAAAAGGUGUAAUAAGUGCCAUAGGAGCAAAAUGUACCCAUUACGGAGCUCCUUUGGUAUCCAGUGCCUUAGGGGAUGGAAGAGUGCGUUGUCAAUGGCAUGGUGCUUGCUUCAAUAUCCUAACAGGUGAUAUAGAAGAUUUUCCAGGAUUAGAUUCGUUACCUUGUUAUAAAGUUACCAUAGAAAACGACAAAGUUAAAGUUAGAGCAAGAAAAUCUGAGUUGAGCUCGAAUAAAAGGACCAAAGAAAUGGCGAAGAGGGAUUUGAAGGAUGAUCGACACGUUGUUGUUAUCGGAGGAGGUCCAUCUGGAGCUACUUGUGUGGAAACACUUCGGCAAGAAGGAUUUACUGGCCAAAUAUCAUUUGUUUGUAAAGAAAAAGUUUUACCUUAUGACAGAGUUAAAGUCAGCAAAUCUAUGGACUUUGAUAUCGAAAAAUCAAUAUUAAGAGAUGAGACGUUUUACAAAACGCACGAUAUUGAUGUAUUUAAAGGUGUUGAAGCUAUUGCUGUCAAAACUGACGACCAUAAUGUUAUUUUGAGUAAUGGAAAAACGUUAAAGUACGAUAAACUUUAUAUAGCAACAGGAUCUAAUGCUAAAAAAUUGAAAAUUCCUGGUUCAGAUUUGAAAAAUGUUAUCGUUCUGAGAAACGUCGAUGACGCUAAAUACACACUUUCUCAACUGUCAGAAGAUAAAGAAGUAGUAGUUUUGGGUAGCAGCUUUAUAGCUAUGGAGGGCGCCAAUUAUUGUCAAAAUAAAUCUAAAAAAGUAACAGUAAUAUUUAGGGGAGAACUACCCUUCCAACCGCUUUUGGGUCCUGAAGUUGGAAAAGCAUUCAUGAAGUUAUUCGAAGAAAAAGGCGUACACUUCGUAACGAAAAACACAAUCACGGAAAUUAGAGAUGAUGGCAAAGGAAAUGUAACAGAGGUUGUUUUAAAAGAUGGUUCGACACUGAAGGCUGAUAUUGUAAUAAUGGGGGUAGGCAGUACCCUCGCUACAGAAUUUUUGAAAGAAUCCGGCAUCGAAAUCCGUCCUGAUGGUUCCAUAGAAACUGAUGAAUACCUACAAACUAAUAUUCCUGAUGUUUUAGUAGGUGGUGAUAUAGCUUAUGCUCCUGUAUGGUCACACAAUAAUCAGAAAGCUUCUAUAGGACAUUAUCCUUUAGCUCAUUAUCAUGGAAAAAUAGCAGGAUUGAAUUUAUUGGAUAAGAAAACUCCUCUAAAAGCCGUGCCUUAUUUCUGGACUAUGCUCUACGGAAAGGGUAUUAGGUAUGCUGGUCAUGGCGAUUAUGAUGAAAUUAUCUAUCAUGGUGAUGUGUCUGGAUUCAAAUUUGUUGCUUUUUAUAUAAAAGAUGGUGUUGUUGUGUCCACAAGCUCUUGUGGAAUGGAUCCUGUUGUGUCCCAGUUCGCUGAACUUUUGGCACAAGGCAAAACUUUAACCAAGGAAGAUCUUAAAGGGGAUGAUCUUUUAGCAUGGAGAUCGUGGAUUGUUCCUAAAUAAGUAAAAACUAGUCAGAUGUUAUUAUUUGAAUGUAUGUAAAAAAGAGAAAUAAGAGCAAAAUGAACAUUUAAUCCUUCCAUAAAAUGCUUAGAAAUAUGAAAUUAUUAAGAGCUUUUAAUGUAUAUUAAAGUCAAUUCUAACAUCAGACUGAUAUAUAAAAUAUAUUAAUUUUUUUCAGCCUUUAUUUCUCUUACAAAUCCGUUAUUUUUGUCAGCAUUUAUAAAAAAUAUGCUUAUUUCUUUACAGUAUUUUCAUAUACAAUUGUAUUGUUGAUAACAAUGUAUUAUUUUAUUAAAUAUAUUAUAUAACUAUGUGCA